AACAAGGUAAUGGCACCGAUACAAAUGGAUUAACAGCUCUGACUCGGUGCGCAAGCCACAUCCCCACGUGGUAAAAUAAAUAAACAACGUCUCAUCUUGCAAAAUCGCCGCAGUCCCUGCUCCCCGCCGCUGCUACCUCCCCUAGCCCCGCGUAGUCUUCUUCUUCUUCCUACACUGACGGCUUUAGCCGGAGAGUGACAAUCGGCGACGUUCUUUCGUUCCUUCACUUUGAUUCUCGUAAAUUCUCCGUGUGGGAGACCCCCCCACCACCACCACCAUCACCUCCACCACCUCGCUCGCUGUGGUUCGAACAUCGCCGGGCCGUAGGUGGCACACGGCAACGAUGUUGUCUUGAAGGAGACUCCUCUAGAAGGAUAUGGCGUGCGCGGUGGCCACCCCGGUGCUGGAGCCGAGUGGAGACUUCCCGGCAUGGCUGGAGGCGCAGGGCGUGAACGCGGAGGUGGCCCGGGCCAUGGACUCCGAGCUGGGCAUCCGGGACUACGGGGUCCUGCGCGCCUGCGUCGGGGACGGCCUCGUGCGGGCCGAGCUGCUGGCCGCGGCGCGCGACCGCCUGCCCUUCGGCUUCUACGCCGUGCUGCGGCAGGUGGUGAAGGCCCUGCGGGGCGCCGAGCACCACGACGCUGGGACGCCGUGCUGGGACGCCGCCGCCGCUUCCUCCCCUGGCGACGUGACCCUGGGAGGCCUGGUGGAGGUGCUUCUCGCGCUGUUGAGCGGCUUGAGCCGGGAGCUGCUGCUGUCCGUGCAGAGGCUGGGAGUCAUGGAUGCUGCCGGGACCUGCAUUGAGGGCCUCAAUCAAACGGCCAAUGAUGGAAGUCCUGAGAUUGCGAUGAAAGUGGAGCAGGAACACGUCUCAGAAUGUGAUACUCCUUCCACAGAAUCCACCUUCGGCUCCACCCAGAUGAGUCGGAGGAUUAAAGUGGAGGCCCGUGAUGCAAGUAGCGGAGUUCCUGAGGAGGUUUUUGAAAUCGCCAUUCAAAGCGUGACCUCGCCGGAGCCCGAGCAAGUGAGCCUCGCCACGGCUGCCGAGCCUGACGCAUCUUCAUCGCUGCAGCAUGAGGCGACUGCCAAAGUGAAGAGAGAAAGUGCAGAUUCCGUUACUGGUACCGAUUGCACACCCCUGCCGCUGCACGAUGGAAGAUCAACCUGUCAGAGUGCUGUGAGCUUGAAUGUGGAGCAGCAGCCAAACAGCAAACAUGGUUCGGAGCCUGGAAAAAUGCUGCAUCUCUGUGAUCAAUGCGGAUGCAGCUUUUCACAUAGCGGCACUCUGAAGCGCCACCAGUGUCAAAUGACGCGGGGCUACAGAGACAUCGAGCACCACUCGAAGAUGCGCAUGACCGACAAGCAGUGCCUACGUCAAUUGGACAAGUCCGUCUUGCAGGAUCCCCAGCGGAAUUGUCACGUGUUUGAUCAUGAAAGGGGGAGGCCCUAUCAGUGCGGGAUUUGCAGCAGAGUCUACACGAGUGCCUUUCAGUUGGAGGAUCAUGAGUGCAUACGAAAGGGCGAGAAUCUGCACCAGUGCGACGUUUGUGAGCAAGCCUUCUCGCGGGCCGAUCACCUGAAAGACCACCGACGCGUGCACAUGGCCGAGAGGUUGUACGAGUGCAUGAUGUGCGGCCAGGCCUUUUCGCGCGCCACCACACUCAAACGUCACCAGAUGGUGCACACGGGAGAGAAGCCGUACAAGUGCGAGGUGUGCGGCAAAGCGUUCUCCCAGCGCACCAACUGCCAGCGGCACCAGGGCCAGCAUUUCAAAGCGAAGCAGUGAGAUCUGAAAGAGAAGAGGGGGUGGGGGGUCAGAGGUCGUUGGGCAGUCACCGAGUCCUGCCCAUUUUCUCUUUGUCCUCAACUGCACGUUAUCCUUAAAUGCCUUGUCGCACACGGCGACGGCUAAUUCAAUGCAAGCGCGUACACACGGGUGGGAGGCCGUACCAGUGCAGCGUCUGUGAUGAAGCCUUCUCAGAUAUCAGCGACCUCAAGGCUCACCGCUUCUUGCGUUAUGGAGGAGAAAUACCAGUGUGCUGUGUGUAACAAAGCCUUUGCUCAACCUCAUUCUUUAAGGGCCUCUGUGAGAAGAGGGGGGGGGGACUGUGUUCCACGAUGAGUACUUUUUAUACUAUACUAUUGAAACAAAGUUUUGAUGGCUGGAGGGAUGGACGGAGGUCUAAUAUUUCUGGGGCUGUUUUACCUGAAUAUGAAGAAUCAGUCCUAAGGCUUUGAGGUCAAGUGCAUAUUCACAUUGCUUUCAUGACAUCAAUGAAUUUUACUUAUUAAUUAACGUGUGUGGUAGUGAAGUUGCAGUGAUAUCACUGGAGUUCUAUAUUGAUCUGCUCAACCGUAACGUUCCUCGUGAAGGAAGCCACAAACUUGCAUCGGAGCACCAGGGAAUACAAAUAUGGACACUUGUCUUUAAGAUGAGAUCCGCUUGGGUUUUGGGUCAAUGUUUCCACCAAGUUUCUAACAUUAAUCUUGUAACUAUUUAAAUCAGAUAUUGACCUAAUAACUAUUAUGAAUCAGAUUGGUUGUUCGUGUGAGGUCAUGACACCCAGGUGAUACGGUCAGCGGUUCUGACUUCCCUGAUUGUUACUCCUGACUUCCUGGAUGUUAUCCUGAUGUUGUUUGUACGUAUUUACAUUUAACUUCUUUCGCACCGUACAUAGCGAACCCUGAUCAUGUUUGACGGAGUCUUGAAUGAAACGUCGUGUGUGUGUGUGUGUAUAUAUAUACACACAUAUACACACAAAAAAACCUCGCUAUGCGCGAAUUCUGGAUUUGCAACAUUCGCAUAUUCGCGGGUUGUUGCAUAGCGAAUUCUGGGUUCGCAAUAGUCGCAUAUUCGCGGGUUGCUAAAUGCAUUCGCGGGUGUACGUAGUGCUAGGCCACCUACACCGAGGAGGUGCGCGCACAAAUUAACAUUUGAAACUGUCCGAGAAGAUUUGGCAUGCCCCCUCGGCUGCCCGCUUUGCUCUCCGUCUCUAAGUAAAUCCUGUUCUAAACUCGCUGUUGUGCAUUUAGUUUUUUGUUACUUCUUUAUACGUACUUACAGUCGACUCAUUUAUACAUUUUGGUGUGUAAACGAGUGUACCGUGAGGUCCAUUCAAAAGAACGCGAAUGCAAGCGGGGAAAGUGCCGCGGCUUAUGCUCCCCUGAGUGCUAAAAUAAAAAAAAUCGCUGCAUCACCCGUGGAGUCAUCAUCCUAAAUUUCUCACCACCACCUCCAUCGUCAUCAAAUCAUCAUCGUCAAAAGUAAUAAUACAAAUAUAUUGUUCUUAAGAAGGUAUUAUUUAUUGUAGUAAUUGUUAUUAAACAUUUACCAUUUCCUCCCCCAUGUUCGCUCUUACCAGGAACGUAACCCCGUUUUUCCCAUUGGAACCAGGUUUCCUGCAUUUGCGAAUUCUGCAUUCGCGAGCGUUUUCAAGAGCGUAACCCGCGCGGAUCGAGCGUAGGUUUUACUGCAAUUUCUGUAGUUUUUUUUGUUCGUGAGGAUUGUUCUUCAACUUACCCGGUGUGAGCUGAAACAAUAAUUGGCGCAUCAACCCCCCCCCGCCCCUGUACACGUGACAGUUGCUUUGUUAGGCUAUUCUAGAUUUGAAGCUUUCGUGACUGCAAGGAUUCAUACUCUUUGUUUUUUCCGGUAAAGUCACGUAGGUAAAAUAAAAUAAAUGAAAACUAAAUUAAAUCACGACGUUUCGGAGGCAACACAAGCUUCCGUCUUCACGUGGAAACCGUCACAGCAAAAUUGCUAUGUCUGGUGGUGGAGGGUUCUUAAUGAUGCACAUUUGGUUAGAUCAUUAUGUACGUUGGCUAACCCCAAAACAUAUUAUGCAUCGUAGUACUGUAUUGGCUACCAAUAUCUACGUAUUGAAUUAGUGUUGUAAGGAAAUGUCUGAUAAAAUAAAACCUCAGGUACCAAUGCAAAUAUAUUAGAUACUGUGCUGGGAUAUAAGUGGACAAUAGAGAGUGCUAUAUUGUGAUUAAAGUUAAUAUCUUGAUGAA